UGUUGUCGCCAUGGACUGGUCAAGUAAGGAUGUAUGAUUUCGCUCCCCGACAGAAGUAUGCCAUAACCUUACCGUGCUGUCGCCACGACAGUGCAGGUGAGGAUAUUAUUUUAGCCCUAAGUAAAAAAAAAACUACUGCGGAUUCGAACCCUGGUCUCCCUCUCAAGAGCCGAGGUGUACGAUUUGACCCGGAUCUGCCGCAGACAUUAAGAUUAGAGUUCGCAAAGUCCAACACUAAAGUCAUUAAGCCUAAGCCAGCGUCCUCUCAACCUGUAACGUCCAAUUCUGCAGGAUUUAUACAUCCGAUAACAGGACACGAACUACGGACAGCUUUUUUUCCUGGCAGUCCCGAAGCAUGGGCUGUAGCUCCCAGCAUUGCAUCAUUUGCAGAACUUAUACCAGCUCCGUCCCCGGGAGCGGGACUGCCUCACUCAUUUCUUAUUCCACACCAUCACCCGGCAACUCUGGCGCAAAUGCAUGUAAGGGUCA